AUGAUCCGGCACAGUUAUCGAAUUCUUCUAGUUGAUGAUGAUAUGGCUUCUUUGGAGGUCUUGGGCGAGGUCUUAACUCGCGCCGGCUACGACGCUGUGUCUGCAGAGACUGGGUAUGAAGCGUUAGAAAUUGUGCGGGAAGUUUCUAUAGAUCUUGCUCUCCUAGACUUUAACCUUCCGGAUACAACGGGUGCAGAAUUGCUUCAACAGAUUAAGCGAUUUCAGCCAAAAGACAGUGACCCGAAAGUACUCGAAAACGCCGAAGGCACCAGAACAACGCCAUCUGUUGUUGCUGUUACGAAAGAGGGAGAGCGGUUGGUUGGACAAGUUGCCAAAAGGCAAGCCGUCACCAAUCCAAAAAAUACAAUCUUCUCCGUCAAACGGUUUAUGGGACGCAAGUACAGGGAGGUUAGCGAAGAGAUGAAUCGCGUUCCCUACGAGGCUGUGAGCGAUAAAGAUGGAGAUGUCUCUAUAAAAAUUUUGGAUAAACAGCAUGCCCCUCCUGAGAUUUCUGCGAUGAUCCUUCAGAAGAUGAAAGAGAGCGCGGAAUCCUAUCUCGGCGAGUCGGUGACGCAAGCUGUCAUUACAGUCCCUGCUUAUUUUAACGAUUCGCAGCGCCAAGCAACAAAAGACGCGGGCAGGAUCGCGGGAUUGGAAGUGCUGCGCAUCAUCAACGAGCCAACCGCUGCAUCAUUGGCUUACGGACUCGAUAAUCAGAAGGAUAAAAAUAUUGCCGUCUACGAUUUGGGCGGAGGAACUUUUGACAUCUCAAUCCUUGAAAUUGGCGACGGUGUAUUCGAGGUCAAGAGUACCAACGGCGAUACCCACCUUGGCGGUGACGACUUUGAUCAGACAGUCAUCGAUUGGCUUGCUGAGGAAUUUCAGCGUGAGCAGGGAAUAGACCUCCGCAAAGACAACAUGGCAUUGCAAAGGUUGAAAGAGGCCGCAGAAAAAGCGAAGUGUGAACUCUCAACUGCUAUGCAAACCGAUAUUAAUCUGCCUUUUAUCACUGCGGAUGCAAGUGGUCCGAAACACCUCAAUGUCAACCUGACUCGUGCAAAACUUGAGCAGAUUACCGACGAUCUCGUUGAACGAUCGCUUGAACCGUGUCGGAAAGCUAUUGCCGAUGCCGGAUUAUCUGCGAGUGACAUUGAAGAGGUCAUAUUGGUUGGUGGACAAACACGGAUGCCGAAGGUCCAAGAGGCAGUACAGCGACUGUUUGGUAGGGAACCCCAUAAAGGGGUGAAUCCCGACGAAGUUGUUGCAAUUGGUGCCGCAAUUCAAGGCGGUGUCCUGUCUGGCGACGAAGGUGUAAAAGACAUCUUACUGCUUGACGUUACUCCCCUGUCGUUGGGUAUUGAAACGUUGGGUGGGAUGUUCACCCGACUCAUAGAACGGAAUACAACGAUUCCAGCCAAGAAGUCACAAAUCUUUACAACGGCGGAAGAUAAUCAAACUUCUGUUGAUGUACAUGUGUUGCAGGGCGAGCGGGAGCAAGCGGUCUACAACAAAACGAUUGGUCGCUUUCGACUCGAUGGCGUGCCGCCGGCACCACGCAGUAUGCCGCAGAUUGAGGUGGCGUUUGACAUUGACGCAAACGGUAUUCUCAAUGUUUCUGCAAAGGAUCAGGCGACAAGCAAAGAACAACAGAUUACCAUUACCGCUUCGUCGGGACUGUCCGAAGCGGAAAUUGACCAGAUGGUCAAAGAUGCCGAAACCCACGCCACUGAAGACCAGCAGAAACGCGAAGAGGUGGAGGUACAUAACCAAGCGGAUUCGCUAAUCUAUGAGACAGAGAAGAAUCUCAACGAGUUUGGCGAUAAGGUUGAUGCGGCAAUCAAGGGUAAUGUUGAAAAUGCCGUUGAGGAGCUUAAGAAAGCCCUCGAAAACAAGGAUACUGAAGAUAUUAAAGCGAAAACUGAGAGUCUAAUGCAGGUCUGGCAUCAGGCUUCGGAAGAGCUCUAUAAGCAAACCGCUGAGGCUGGUGGUGACCCAUCUGCAGGACCAGAGCAUCAGAGCGCACCGACAGAUGAACCACAGUCCACAUCUUCAUCGGCUGACGGCGAAGUCAUCGAUGCUGAUUAUGAAGUUGUUGAUGACGACAAGAAAUAG